CCUGGGCCUCCCCGUCCCGCCCGGCCGUCGCCGCCGUCCCCGCCACCAUGAACCGCCUCGGCUCCGGACCCGUGGGCAGCGCCGCCGCUGCUGCUGCCGCCGCCGCCGGGCAGUACCGGGUGUGCGGCAAUUGCCGGAAGGUGCCGAGACAGGAAAAGAGAGUACAGGUCUCCCCGCCGUUGACAAGAGGACCAAGUGCCUUUAUACCAGAGAAUGAAGUUAUGCAAGCAAAUGGUUUGGAUGAACGUACUAAUCUUCUUGUGGAAGAAUAUUCUACUUCUGGUCGCCUGGAUAACAUCACCCAGGUCAUGAGCAUCCACACUCAGUACCUGGAGUCCUUCCUCCGCAGCCAGUUCUACAUGCUGCGCAUGGAUGGGCCCCUUCCUUUGCCCUACAGGCACUACAUUGCCAUCAUGGCUGCUGCCAGACAUCAGUGUUCCUACCUAAUAAAUAUGCACGUUGAUGAGUUUCUGAAGACUGGUGGGAUUGCAGAGUGGUUGAAUGGUUUAGAAUACAUUCCCCAAAGACUGAAAAACCUGAAUGAAAUAAACAAACUUCUUGCACACCGGCCCUGGCUGAUCACAAAAGAGCACAUCCAGAAACUUGUCAAGACUGGGGAAAAUAAUUGGUCUCUUCCUGAACUGGUUCAUGCUGUUGUCCUGUUGGCCCAUUAUCAUGCCUUGGCAAGUUUUGUGUUUGGUAGUGGCAUUAAUCCAGAGAGAGAUCCGGAUACAUCCAAUGGAGUCAGACUUAUAGCAGUCAACAACUUCUGUGUCUGUGAUCUUGCCAAUGACAACAACAUAGAAAAUGCAUCCCUCACAAGUAGCAACUUUGGGAUUGCAGAUUCUUUAAGUGAGCUGGAGGCCCUGAUGGAAAGGAUGAAGAGACUACAGGAAGAUAAAGAGGAUGAAGAAGCCUCUCAGGAAGAAAUGGCAACUCGCUUUGAGAAGGAGAAGAAGGAGAGUCUGCUAGUAAUUAGUGGAGCAUUUGAUGAUGAAAUAGUUUCUACAGAUGUCUCCCGUUAUGUUGAAGAUCCUGGGUUUGGGUACAAAGACUUUGCAAGGCGAGGAGAAGACCAUCUGCCAACAUUCAGAGCUCAGGACUAUACUUGGGAAAAUCAUGGCUUUUCCCUUGUAAACAGGCUUUAUUCUGAUAUUGGGCAUCUCCUGGAUGAGAAGUUUCGGAUGGUGUAUAACCUCACAUAUAACACUAUGGCAACACAUGAAGAUGUUGAUACAACUACACUAAGAAGAGCUUUAUUUAACUAUGUCCACUGUAUGUAUGGAAUCAGGUAUGAUGACUACGAUUAUGGAGAAGUGAAUCAGCUACUUGAACGCAGCCUGAAGGUUUACAUAAAGACAGUGACCUGCUACCCCGAGAGAACCACCAAGCGCAUGUACGACAGCUACUGGCGCCAGUUCAAGCACUCGGAGAAGGUUCAUGUCAAUCUACUUCUGAUGGAAGCUCGGAUGCAAGCCGAACUUCUGUAUGCCCUUCGUGCCAUAACUCGUCACUUAACCUGAAGCACUCGCUGGCCAGGAGUACAGGGCUUUUACUGAGUAUGUAAAGACCUUUUGAAAUAGAUACACACCAGAAGCUGUUUGUGAUGUAGCAUCAGGUUAUUCAAUUCUCUAGUGUCAAAGUUUAGCCGUGCUUCUUGGCGGCUGUAAUGUGCAAUGACGUGUUUUAUUUUCUUGAUGCUUAACAUUACUAAUGAUAACAAAAGUAACACUGAGGAGCGCUACUCUGCAUUGUUUCCGGCUGGAUUUCUGCACAGCGGUCAGGAUCCUGGAACUGGUUUUAUUGUAUCCAAUCCUAGCGCUUUGUUCUUUAGGCACUGGAGUGAAGUGCUUAGAGACUUCUUUUUCCAAGCAAUCAUUUUUCAGAUGAGUGGAGUCCAGCAGAAGAUCAGUUCUGCCUGUCCUGAGAACGUCCCACCACGUCGUGACUUGCGACAGAGACGCGCGGGCUGUGCUGCGUCGAAUCGCCCACUGGAUUCUCCUGUGUGUCACGGAGACUGCUGCCAGUCACUGUCUUACUACAGCAAUUGGAGGUGAUGCAAGAUGUGGAUGCAAACAUUGAGCACACUUUAAUGUGAAAUUAAUCUUGAUAAAUCUUACAGCAUGCUACUGAAGUGCAAAAUUCAUUCACGCUUUGUUGUGCCCCUUCGCAAGGAGAAGAGGCCUCACGAUUUGCCAUUUCAGCCACACUUACUGUGUUUCAAUCAUGCAUAGUCUUGUUUUACUGACAGUCACCCUCAGUUGUCCUGACAACAUCCAUGCUCAUCAUGUGUUGCAAUUUGUUUAGUUGGCACCUAUAAAAUUAAUACACAGGCUGACCAAAAAUAGGGUUGUGGGGUUUUUUGCACUCUCUUCUUUAUCAAUGUUUUAAAUAAGGAAAGUAAAGGAAGGCUAGUAUAUCUAUUCUUUCAUAUUGGAUGUAUAGAAAUUAUUUCCCAUAACUUUUUCAUAGCAUGAAAUUGUAAUAUUCAAAGUUUUUAAAGUUUCUAUGCAUUAGUGUGAGUGAACAAAAGAAAAGUGCAAUAUUUAAAAAGAAAGCAAGCUUUUUUCCCUGACAUGCCACUGCUAAAGUGUCCUUCUUAUAUAGCCAUAAAGAAAUUUUAAAACCAAAUUUCUUUAAUGUCUAAGGCCUAGCAGUUUUGUUUUAGCUUUUAUGGCUUAAGACAACUUGAUACUGAGAUGCCAAAGCAUCCCCAAAACAAAGCAUUUUUGGACAACCAGUAAUAUUGGGGAAGGGAAGAAAUAAGCUGCCAAAAAUGUCACACUUUUGUGCUGUUUUCUGUUGCUUUUGACUAAUUUUUGAGAGCACAAAAUGUUGAUAUUUAUAGCUUUAUUUUGUAUUGCAUUUAAUGAACCAGUGAAGUGCCUAAAGAGAUGCUUAAACUUACCCAGUAGAACACAAGUGAACUGCUUCAAAUUUGUCUGUUGGUUUGGACUUUUCAUAUUUCUUUUGAGGAGGGUGACCUUUAUUUCUGUGGUAUACAUUCAAAACUAACUAGACAGGUUUAUUUUUAAUGUUCUGUUGGAUUGCAGUAGUUAAUGCAGGACUUUUUUUUUUAUUGGUGAUUGCAGAAUAGUUAGAAAAAAAAUACUACCAGUCAUAUUUUGACACUUUCCAUUUACAAAACCAUGGACCAGUACUCUACUAAAGUUAGUUUUCUCUUUUCUUCCUUUUCCUGAUCCUUGCUUUGACUUUGCAUGUUGUUUUUUCUGCUUUAUCUGUCCGUUCCAGAUUGGAAAGCCCAAUGAUUGUACACUUUUCUGCACUUUCAGACUGCAGACUCUGCAUGUGAAAACCUUUUGAAGAAAAAAAAUCAGUAAUUAAUUUUUUUUAAGUGUCAUGUUGGCUAUUUAGAAAACUACCCAACAGACAGCACUGGUCUGUCUGCUAGAGAGCAUUGGGUAGAACAUCAGAUUUACUUAUCUUUUAUAGCUAAUGGCAAAGAUUUCUCAGAAAUACUGAGAUGCUCUUAUGUGUGAACUUAGAUUUGCUUUCUAAAUUGUUAUGAUCCUUUUCCCCCCUCUUGUGAUUGUAGUGGCCAUACCUAAUGGCUUCUGCUGAGAGAAGUUUUCAUGAUAUACUUCGGGUGUUUUUCAAGUGAUGGGAACUGUUCAGUACUACUUUAAAUUUCUUUGCAUUGAAAAGUCAAGUAGUCCUCAAGAAGCACAGUUGAGCUCUGGAAAGGAGGUGAAACUAGAUUGGGAUAACUAAUAUGAUGGCUUCGUUUCCCCUCAGAAAUGCACAGACUUCUGGAGUAGGUUGAGUUUUACAUUUGGAAACAUGAGUGCCUUUACUUCUUUCCUUAUGAAAUAUACUUGCCAGCUCAAAUGCCUUCAUGAGCAAAGUACAUGAGCAGAUUUGAAAUACAGAAACCAUAAAUGGAUUGCUUCAUAAAACUUGUAGUAAACCAGUGUUUUGUUUUGGUUUUUUAAGUGCCAUAUCAAGUCCCAUAUGGCCUGCAAGACAUUCCAUCACAGGAAAUGUCAUUGUAAAACUAGUUUGCUAUUUCUGUUUUUUUUCUUUAAUAUUACAUGCAAACUUGAAACAUCUGGAAAUGUUUUCCACGUGGCAUUUUUUUGAAAGUAUUGCAUUUACAGUGCAACAAUUU